AUGCGUUUCUGUCUUCUUCAAUCCAAAUACACGGAUGAGAACAUCCUCAAAGACCACGAUGACUAUCCCGAUCCCUCUCGCUUCAUCAAAGAUCACACCUAUGAACACCGUAUGAUUGACAAAUCCGAUGCCAAAGCCCAGAUUGACGCGGCCGUAGCGGAGGAUUUCGACUUCUACAUCAGCUUCAUGUGGGGAACGCCCGAGGAUGAUGUCGCCGGAGCAGAUGCAGUCGAGUAUCUCGAAUCUCUCAAUGUCCCUUUCGUCGGCAUACCCAGUCGCAUGUUGCUCAAGUCAAAGACGGAUCUUUAUGAGGCUGCUCGGGCUCAUGGGCAUCCUCCUGUUCCGGGGAAUGAUGCGAAUUCCUUCCCGGUGAUUGUCAAGGCCGCUCGAAAUUGUGCAAGCAUGUUCCUCACCUCUAAGUCCAUCUGUUUUAUGCCCGAGGAGAGAGAUGCGGAAAUUGCUGCUAUUGAUACUCAGCUACAACCGGGUCGUGAACGCAGCCGCGCCAGGAAUAGCCCGCUGUCUGCGACCCCUCCUUCGAUUGACAAUCUGCCUAGUGAUAUUAUUGUCCAGCAGUUUGUUCAGGGAGUCGACUAUUCGAUCGUCAUAAUUGAGUUCGGAGAUACUCCUAUCGCACUCAACCCGACGAUUUACAACUAUCCUCCCACGGACUCGAGCAACCCUAACCGCUUCCUCACCUUCGAUAUUAAAUUCUCCCCUCAACUGUCCGAGCAUCUCAUCAACCGAAAUGACGACCCCGUCCUCUUUGACAAAUUACAAAAAUUGGCUGUCGAGGCAUACACGGUCAAUGGGAGCAUUGGUGGAUCCUGGGGGAAUGUCGACAUUCGAAUCCAACCGAAUGGUGAGCCCGUUGUGAUCGAGGUCAACCCUAUGCCGGCCAUAUUCCUUCCUCCCAACAUUCAAUUCGAGGAUCCCGUCAUCUCCGAGAGUCUCCCCGGCGGUCAUCGCGCCUUAUUACAUAUCCUUCUGGCUUCGUAUUUCAUGCAAAAGAACGACGAGAAGGAUCGGGCGCGAGGCAUCGCUGCCGAAUACGACCAGAUCGCUGCUAAAUAUGAUUCGGCUUAUUUACUAAAAAGCACGGUGAAAAAGGUCUUUUCCAGCCUUGUCUCCCGGUUGGAUUUCAGCGGUAGUCUCCUUGAUCUCGCUUGUGGAACGGGUAUCGUUGGUCGAUUGAUUCGGGAGCAUCAUGAACACAGCGCAGUGGAUGGAACCGGGAAUGGCGUACGUAGCCACCAUGUCGGCGUCGACAUUUCACCCGAAAUGGCACGUGCCUGUGAACAAGCCGGCUACGAUGAAUGCCUCGUCGGACCGAUGCAAGAAGUCCUCCCCAGAAUCUCGGGGCAAUUUGACCAUAUCGUCUGCUACCAGGCCAUCCACUUCGUCAACAUGUUUGAACUCUCCCUUGUUCUCUCUCGAUGUUUCCAAUUGGCUUUGAAGUCGGUCACCAUUGGCGUUGACGAAAUUCCCGAUGAGUUAAAUACGCGGGUUCGCGAGUUGAAGCCUCCCGCAUCUUUCUUGAUUAGCACCAACCAUAUCCGCGAAAUUCACGACUUUGGGAUUCCCCGUGGGUGGAAGUUAGCUCUCGAGGAGCGCCACUUUGGAUGGACGUCACCUAGCGUGGGCCUGGAUGUGUAUACCACGGUGUUCCACUAUGAGCGUGUCGAUUAG